GAGGAGACAGAUCUCUCUCCCUCCCUCCGUCCCUCCUUUCCAAGCGGCCUCCCUGGGCGCGCCCCUCGACGGAUAGGCAAGCGGACGGAGAGGGAACCCCCCCUUCCUCCCUCCCUCCCUCCUUCCCUUGCUUCCUCUUUGCUUUUCCCCGGGGCGGCGACGUGGUAUGCGCGCCCUCCGCCUUUGCCGGGCGGGAUGGCCUCGGCCGUGUUUGAAGGCACUUCGCUGGUGAACAUGUUCGUGCGGGACUGCUGGGUGAACGGCAUCCGGCGCCUGAUCGUCAACCGGCGGGGCGACGAGGAGCAGUUCUUCGAGAUCCGCACCGAGUGGUCGGAUCGCAACGUCCUCUACUUGCACCGCAGCUACGCCGACCUGGGCCGCCUCUUCAAGCGCCUCCUCGACUCCUUCCCGGAGGAUCGGAGCCAGCUCUCCCAGUCCCCGCUGCUCCAAGGACUUAUCACAAUCAAAGAAUCUCACGACAUAGAAGCCAGGCUUAAUGAAGUAGAGAAGCUGCUUAAGAAUAUUAUAAAUAUGCCUUGGAAGUAUUCUCGAUCUGAAGUUGUCCUCACCUUUUUUGAAAGAUCUCCUUUAGACCAAGUGUUGAAAAAUGACAACGUUCAUAAAAUUCAGCCAAGUUUUCAAAGUCCAGUUAAAAUAUCAGAAAUUAUGAGAUCAAAUGGAUUUUGUUUAGCCAACACUGAAACCAUAGUUAUUGAUCACAGUAUACCAAAUGGUAAAGAAAAACAUUUGGAUGUCGACGAAGCAGAUCAUUUGUUUGACACAGUUAGUGAAUUUACCUCUGAGCUUGAGGACAGCGAUGACCCAACAGCUUAUGUUACCAACCUGUCAUAUUACCACCUGGUUCCGUUUGAAACUGAUAUUUUGGACUAAGACUGUCUAGCAAGCUUGGUGGCUGCCAUCAGGCGGAUGUCUUCCUUGGUGACAUUUGCCACCCUAGAACUUUGCACUUGUCAUGCCCAGAUUCAAGAUAAUGCGAUGCAAGGCAGGAAAGGGCUAGCUACAAAGAUACAUCCUGAAGCUGGAAUUGGUGCUUGGUUUUUCCCUGGGAAUCUGAAAAGAAUGCAAUCCAUUUCUGAUGGACAAAGGAACUUCUGUUAUUCCAAAAGGAAUGAAAUAAGGACAGCCUGCAGGAGGAAAUAUGUUGCAAAUAUAUAAGGGCAUAACCUUAACCAGACUUUUGAUUAUUCGAAAAUCAGUGGCUCCAGUUCUUACUGAUGUACAGUGACAUUUGCAAAGACCAUCCACAUUUCUUCUUUCUCAAGUGCUCUGAGACCUGUAAUGAUUUUUGACACUUUUUUUUCAUUGAAAGGCCUUCUGUGUUCAGAAACCAGUGUUUCCCUCCAUUCCUCAGAGUGACAAUGUGUAACAGUUGUCACAGUGGUGCAUUUGCUGAGACAGACCCGGAGUAACUGAUGCCUUACGUCAUACGUGCCUACAGGAAAUAAGCGCAUUAAUGGGAUUGCUUGAUUUAACUUAUUCUAAAGCAGGGGGUUUAUUUAAUCAUUUAAGGGCCUGUCUUUUUCACUUGAAAUAGUAAUCAUGCUAAUAAUGAAAGGAAACAACUUACAUCCUGAGAUGGUUGGGGGGGGGGGGGAUAAUUUUAAAAUAUUUUGUCUAAAUUUCAGUUGGCUUUUUAAAAAUGUCAUAAUUCCCUUUUUCAAUCCUCAACUAUGAAAUGCUGCAGCUUCAGUUUUGCAAUGUUUACACUGAAAGAGUAGCAAUAUAUAGAACACUGAUAUCUAUUACUGAGAUACACAAAGUAUUAUGUUAUUGUUGUUGAAACUUCAAAUAUGAUGUCAUAUGACAGGGUUAUUACUUAUAAACACAAUAUAGAGGAACAACUUCUCUUAGAUAAUGAAUAUGGACAUUUAUCCAUGACUAAGAGAAGUUGUUCCUCUUUAUUGUGUUUAUAAGUAAUAAACCUGUCAUAUGACAUCAUAUUUGAAGCUUCAACAACAAUAACAUAAUACUUUGUGUACACUGAAAGGGUACCUGCCUUCAUAUUGAUUUUGUCUCAUGCAUAACUUUGAAAAAUGUAUUGUUGAAGGCUUUCAUGACCGGAAUCAAUGGGUUGUUGUAAGUUUUUUGGGCUGUAUGGCCAUGUUCCAGAAGCAUUCUUUCCUGACGUUUCAUUCACAUCUAUGGCAGGCAUCCUCAGAGGUUGUGAGGUCUGUUGGAAACUAGGCAAGGGAGGUUUAUAUAUAUUUAUCCCACCCUCGAAAUUCCACAAAUAUGCUGUAUGAUGUUUUGCCUGCAUCUGUGGCAUCUGUGGCAAGCAUCCUCAGAGGUUGUGAGACCUCACAACCUCUAAGGAUGCCUGCCACAGAUGCAGGUGAAACGUCAGGAGAGAAUGCUUCUGGAACAUGGCCAUGUAGCCUGCAAAACUUACAACAACCCAACAACUUGGAAACUUGCUUCUUUUGGACUACAACUCCUAGAAUAUUGUUACAGGUUCUCUAGGGGCUGGAAUGUAGGACUUAUGUGUCAUACUUUUCCCAUCUACAGCUCUUCCAUGGUUGUAAUGUGGGAAUGAGAAUAAUGUGGUCUUCCAAGUGGUGUGGGAUCACAACUCCCAUCAGUCCUAACUAGCUUAAACAAUGGUGAGGGAUUGUGGGAACUGCAGUCCAAUGCCAUCUGGAAAGUCCCUCAUUCCUCAUCCAUCUUGCUCGUAUAGAUCCUCUGGAGGUUCAUAGCAUAUAGUUUUACAACAUGAAGGUGCCAAUUUAAUAUUUUUUUUUAAAAAAAGCAAUUCUUCAUCUUACUAUUAGGGCAUGCAGGAUCUUUGUAUUAGAAGGGAUUAUUUUCAGUGGCAACUGCAGCAUAUGCUUUCAUCUCAUAAUAAAUAGAUUUUUAUAGCAAUAAAGCAUAAACAUAUCAGGACUGACCCAAGAUAUUUUGCUGCCUGAAGCAGGGCAGUGUAUAAAUCCUUUCUCGGCAAAAAUCAAGGUGCAUAGUACUCAAAACCAGCCAAAAUGUUCUAGCUGAAGAGCCAGAAACAUUAAAAAGUGCCUCUUCCCAUCGCUGGCAGUAAAAUAAGAUACUAAAUAACCAAGAAAUUGCUGGUCUUUUAUGACACCUAUAAUGUGCUGCUUUAGGUCAGAACUACACUGUGCCUGAAGGAACAGCCAGCCCUGAACAUUAAUGCAGCAGCCCUGGAGAACAUGGAGAAUAUGUUCAUUUGCUAAAUUUGGAACAUGGCAGUAAUCCCUCUAUGGCCUAUCAUUCACACUUCUGAGUUGCACAGAAAUAGACUUUGAACAUGCCUAUAAGGACUGUGAAACUAUGUGCCAUCAUGUUGCUCAAGCUAGUUCUUAGUUUGCAUUGUAAGAUAGAUUAAAAAUGGGGCUGGUCCCAAAUAUUAUGCUGUCUGAGAUAGAUCAUCAAAUGCCCUCUCCCCAGUCAAGAUGCAUAGCUGUGAAAGCCAAUGAAACUAUUGUUUUGUUACAUAAGACUGAAAAUCACACAGGCAGCUCUCGCACAUCACUAUCAGUAUAGGAAAACAAAGCAUGGAAUUUACAAUUUGCUCCCCUUUCCUACUUAGGGUUGCCGUUUUGAAAACUGAAGAUGAAUCCUUAGCUUUAAUGGUUGUGUAGAAGAAGGAGUUUGGUUAGACCACACCUGGAAUACUCUGUCCAGUUCUGGGCACCACAAUAGAAGGGAGAUGUUGAAAGGCUGGAAUGUUUCCAGAGAAGGGCAACUAAAAUGAUCUAGGGUCUGGAGAAUAAGCCCUAUGAGAAGCGGCUUAAAGAGCUGGGCAUGUUUAGUCUGAAGAAGAGAAGGCUGAGAGGAGACAUGAUAGCCAUGUAUAAAUAUGUGAGAGGAAGUCAUAAGGAGGAGGGAGCAAGCUUGUUUUCUGCUGCCCUGGAGACUAGGACACAGAACAAUGGCUUCAAACUACAAGAAAGGAGAUUCUAUCUGAACAUUAGGAAGAACUUCCUGAUUGUGAGAGCUGUUCAGCAGUGGAACUCUCUGCCCCAGAGUGUGGUGGAGGCUCCUUCUUUGGAGGCCUUUAAACAGAUGCUGGAUGACCAUCUGUCGGGGGUGCUUUGAUUGCAAUUUUCCUGCUUCUUGGCAGCAGGUUGGACUACAUGGCCCAUGAGGUCUCUUCCAACUCUAGGAUUCUAUGUUGCUUGUGAUACAACCAGGUAUUGAGCAAUGCCUGCUGAAAUUCCCUUCUACACAACACUAAAGAUACAGGAGACCUAUCCUGUCUUUUUUCCAUCCAUUCUACAUGAAGCCACCCAUAAUCUGCUUUCCAAGAGAGCCACUUUGCCUAAAGGUAGGGCUGGCCUAAUGGAACAAGCACAUUGUGCUUUAAGAGCUGCACACCUGGGAGAAGCUUGAAUGUCAUGGUUCCUUGUAACCACUCAUGGUGCAUUGAGAAGGAGAAACUAUAACAUGUGAAUGAGUAUGCAUAGCUAGGAAAAGCCAGAAGUUUAUCUUGGCUUCUGAUGUCUGCAGCUCUUCAUCCUGGCCACAGCAAAGGAGAAAAGAGUGAGUAGUCCUUGUGCGAAGUGGGAGAGAGGCCAGAUUCCUAGACAGGAAACAUAGAUGGAGAAAGAGUACAGUGGGUCCUUGUAUCUGCUGGGGUUUGCUACCAGGACCACCUGUGGAUACCAAAUUCCAUGGAUGCUCAAGUUCCAUUAUAUACAAUGGAACAAUCGAAUGACGGCCCUUAUAUAAAAUGCAUGAUUAGGGUUUACACACACACACACACACAAGCCCUGGUUUCAGAAUCAGUGGAUAUGGAGGCUUAACUGUACUGGCUCUGCAACUGUAAUAAUGUGUAAUAAAUAGUGUGACAUGAGAACAUUCUGGUAAUAGGAAGCAGUUGACAUAACUGUGAAAGAAGACUGCUACCGAGUGGUUGGGUUUUGGCUCCAAUUCAUAGGAUAUCGAAAUACCUGUUUUCAGAGCUCACUCAUCAUAGUUACGACUUUUUAAAAAUAUAUUGUCAGAAGCAAAUUGAGAAACUUCAAGUUGCUUCUAGUGUGAGAGAAUUGGCUGUCUGCAGAGAUGUUGCCCAGGGAAUGCCCGGCUAUGUUACCAUCCUGUGGGAAGCUUCUCUCAUGCCUUUGCAUGGGAAGCUGGAGCUGACAGACAGGAGCUCACCCUGCUCCCCAAAUUUGAACCACUGACCUUCAAGUCAGCAGUUCAGCCAGCACCAGGGUUUAACCCAUUGCACCACCACAGCUCCUGUUAACUUAAAGCACAUUGACACUAUAGACCUCAGCCCACUUGGGACUCUUGGAGACUGUUAGCAAAGUGAGGUGUCUCAAACACAGAAUUUCAGCAUUCACACCUAACUGUUUUUCCCUGGAAAGAAAGAAAAGGCAGGUCAACUGUUACAAAAGAGAUUUAGCAGUAUGGCUACCUUAAGGUGAGUAUAAUUGCCAGAAGUGAUGCAUAGGAAUUGAAUACAUUCCAAACUACCUGUUGUUCCUGGGGCCCAAGAAUGGUACAUCUCUUCCUCCUGUGAACCUCUCAGUAUUCCUUUGUAUAAUAAUUCUUAAAAAAGAAUUUGCUAAUGUAAAUAGUAAUAAAUUAUUGCGAACCCUAAUUGUUUUACAUGAUAAGCUUCUGAUAUAUUUUAAUGAAAUAAAAUAUUACUCAUCAGUGUAA